CUCUCAUCCCCCCCUCCUUUUUCUUUUUUAAAGGCUAACAAAAGUAAACAGAACUGUUGGGAGUCAAAUAAUUUUGCUUCCAGUGUGGAAAAAAAUCGUCUUGGGUAACUAAAUCUUGGGUAUUAGCUGAUAAGAUUAGGUGUCAGAAGUGUUAUAAAACAAAUCAGAUGAAUAAUGGGCAAACUGUUACUUCUUUCACAGCCUGAAGGCUCUGCCGGAGAGCGGCCUUCUCUUAGCUUGUCGGGAGUGGGCAUUUUUCAGACGCAUCUUCGGCCGAUAUAGCGCUUAUUGGGGCGGCCUUUGAUUCCCGGCAGCUGUCUUAGAUCAGAGAUGUUUAUUCCACUGCGAAACCUCUUCGGAUAGAGACGGGGGAGAGAGCUCAGAGCGGGGGCAUCCGCCUUAGCCUUUGAAGCGCCUCUUGCCGUCCUUUCUAGUCUUCUCGGUAAACCCUAAACCUUCUUCUCCUGUCACAAGUCAGUGCCCCGAGAUAAGAAAAGCCUCCUGCAAAUUAGCACGGUGACACGUCCGAAGUAACAACGGACCUCCACUGGUGGCUUUUGCGUUUCCGAAAAUCGGGUGCUUGAUGCCGCAAGCCUCUCAGUCCAAAGAGGUUCCUUACCCCGUUCCCUGUUCUGCCUUUAGAAAAUAUUUCUUUAUUUGGUCAAGGAAUCCUAUCAACGACAGGGAAAAAAGUUGCGUUUGUAUUUCUCUUAAUGUAAGGAGGGGAGAGAGGGAAGAAACCUCCCCUCACCCUUUUUUAAAAAUUAUUAUUAUUAUUUAUUGGACACCGUUUCGUGCGCAUCGUAAUUAAUUUAAAUGCACUUGCUGGACGGGUUGCAGAGUCCACCUUCAUUGUAGGAAGGCCCCUGAGAAACGCAGGGUACUGGGAUGACUCCUCUGCGUUCAUCCAGCUUCGGAGGCUGUGGGAACAGUCCGAGUUUGAAGCCAGCUUGCUUUUGCUUUGCUUCCCACCGCCUCCCCCUUUCCGCUCCGCGUAAAGGCUUUUGGUUUUGUCUUAAAAGGCAUCUGAGAAACAACCACUCGGAAUAAACAAGGAGAGUGCGGAGGCGAAAUCACCCGAGCCUGCGGGAAGCCUGCGUUUCGGCAGCAUUGUAGAUGCCACAGUGAGUUGAGGAGCGCGGUGCUCUGCGCGGCGCUCCGCGGGACCCUUUGCUGCGCGGGGCCGUGCGCUGUCAGUCCGGAUCGGUCUGCGUUUUAUCGACCGCGUCUCUUGGGGGGAGGAGGGGGGGGCGGGGAGGAAGAGGAGGAUUUGCUCUGCCUCUGAAGCCCUCCUUGGGUUUAUCUGCAUCGUUUUGCUCGAGUCCAGCGGGAGCGGCCGCCUUACCGCCGUGCAGGUCUCUGUCUGCACAGUUUUGCUUGGGGAAGUCCACUCGUAGCACGCAGCGCGCCGUCCGGGCCCGGCUGCCGCCGGCAUACGGCGCUGCUGGGUCAGAGGCACCGCACCCUGCGCCUCUCCGGCCACGGACACGCAGCCCCGAGCGCUGGCGCGGUGUUAACUGCCAGCCUAAGGACUGGGUGGUUCGCCCCCCCCCGCUUCCCCCCUUCUCCCCUCUCUUCUUCCAGAAGGAGAUUCACGGAGAAAGUCUCCGAUGAACUUCUACGGCCGCUUUACAGUCUCGCGUCGUUUAUGGCAUGGAGUAAAGGAACCCGCGUGCACGCAGGGUCCAGUGGCGGAGCGGGAAAGCGGAGGGCUCUGUCUUUUGGAGCCAACAGUUUUUCAGGGGUCGUGACUACGAGGCAGCUCUCCGAGUCGGCUCCAAAGGGAGGGAGGAAGGAACGCAGGGAGGGUCACUACACUGAGGCUUUCCCACGGUCGCUCCACCACCUCCUUAACACCGGGAUAACGAAACACCCGUGGAGAGAGGUAUGAAAGCAGAAAACCACAAAAUCAAAACAAUUAGAUUCAAUAUAUCUGCAAAUGCCUUAAUUUUGGUACUUAAAAAGGCUGCUUUCCUGAAUCAGAGCCAAAAACUCAUUGCAGAAUGACUUAUUGGAACACAGGAGCAAGAGUUACCAAGUCCUGUUGAGAAUACAUGACAUCCUUGCAAUCAGCACUGGUGAUGGCAGAAAUUCCUUUCUGAACAUGCACAUGUGAAGAGGAGCCAUCAGACAAAAGGGCAAGAGUAGAAACAAAAUCCAUUUCAAAAGGCAGAGAAAAGAAAUGAACAGCAACAACAACAAUGACAAAAAAAACAAAAGACUCCUCAUUUAUACAGCCAAGCUUUUCAAGUGAGAUCCCGGCAGAGUGAGGUCCUUUCACAGGAUCCAGACAUCUUCCAGUCCCAGAAGGACUUGCCCUUGGCAAGGAUUACUAGCCUAUGGAGGCAGGAUGGACGCCAUCUCAGUCAAAUUCCUGGAGUAACAGGAAAGGAGGCUGAGAAGACGCCGUUACAGAAAAAACCAGGAGAAUCGCAGAGUUCGGGAUGCCCAUGACUCUUCACAGCCCUCAAAGAAACUAUGUCCCAAACACCCGGAGCUGGAUGGUGUGCCUAGACUAACCCAACAGUUCAACACGAUCCUUGAGGACCUCAACAGAUACAUUGAAAUGUACAGCUUCGAGAUUACUGAGUGCACUGAUGACUCCCUCAAUCCCAUCAGUACAACGGAAACCAGCUCCUCUUCAGGGAUGUCUCUGUCCACUGGGAGAAGGAACUCCUGCACUUCUGUCGUCAAAAUGAAAGCCCAUCGCUCUUCGAAGACCUCUCCACCAUCUUGUAGCAAUGUAUCCAUCACUUCUGUUUUGGACAUGGAUCCCUGCUGCUCUUCAAGGGCCUCCUUUUCCACUUGGAGUGACAACUCCCUUGCUGCCGUUGUGGCAACAAACGCCAGUUGCUCUUCAAAGGCCCCACUGAUCCCAUACAAGGACGACUCCCACACUUACACCAGGAUGAUUGAAGGUGCUUCACAGCUGUCACUCACAACUCUUCUGAAUGGAGCAGACAUGGUUCAAGCUUCCACAGUCCAGCCUUGUCUGCUUCCCAGUACUGUCCCAGAGGAGCAGCAUGACAUGGGCACACAUCCACCCUGCACAAAAGAGAAGGCCAGCUGCCACAGGGCCUACAGAGUGAAGCAGCAACAGAAAGAACUCCAGGACCAGCAGGGUGCUCCCACCCCACUUCCACUGGUGCCUGAUUCCCAGUCUGUGGAAACAGAGGUGCAAGAGAAACAAGUCCAGGACCAGCAGGGUGCUCCCACCCCACCUCCACUGGUGCCUGAUUCCCAGUCCGUGGAAACAGAGGUGCAAGAGAAACAAGUCCAGGACCAGCAGGGUGCUCCCACCCCACCUCCACUGGUGCCUGAUUCCCAGUCCGUGGAAACGGAGGUGCAACAGAAAGAACUUCAGAACCAGCAGGGUGCUCCCACCCCACUUCCACUGGUGCCUGAUUCCCAGUCCGUGGAAACGGAGGUGCAACAGAAAGAACUUCAGAACCAGCAGGGUGCUCCCACCCCACCUCCACUGGUGCCUGAUUCCCAGUCCGUGGAAACGGAGGUGCAACAGAAAGAACUUCAGAACCAGCAGGGUGCUCCCACCCCACCUCCACUGGUGCCUGAUUCCCAGUCCGUGGAAACGGAGGCGCAAGAGAAACAAGUCCAGGACCAGCAGGGUGCUCCCACCCCACCCCCACUGGUGCCUGAUUCCCAGUCCGUGGAAACGGAGGUGCAAGAGAAACAAGUCCAGGACCAGCAGGGUGCUCCCACCCCACCUCCACUGGUGCCUGAUUCCCAGUCCGUGGAAACGGAGGUGCAACAGAAAGAACUUCAGGACCAGCAGGGUGCUCCCACCCCACCUCCACUGGUGCCUGAUUCCCAGUCCGUGGAAAUGGAGGCGCAAGAGAAACAAGUCCAGGACCAGCAGGGUGCUCCCACCCCACCUCCACUGGUGCCUGAUUCCCAGUCCGUGGAAACGGAGGUGCAAGAGAAACAAGUCCAGGACCAGCAGGGUGCUCCCACCCCACCUCCACUGGUGCCUGACUCCCAGUCCAGGGAAACAGAGGUGCCUUUCCCACAUCAAGAAACCCAGGAGACUGUGCACUGCCUUGCCCCAAGAAGGAAAGAAGAGGUGAAACUGGAGCUGCCGACUGAUGGGGUGUGUUCUUGGCAGGAUAGCCCAGCCUCAGUUCCUCAAAUGCCUCAGCGACCACCAACGUCUGAUAUGUUAGUGGUUCCCAUUGUGAAGGACAUACCAUUCCUGGAUAAGGCUGUAAAAAGGCGUCUGGAGCGUCACAUUAUAAAAAAGCAGAUACAGCGGUGCUUUGGGCUGCCAGCAAAGGUCCUGGCCUAUGAGAAGGACUUUGUAGAACCUAUCCUGGAGCAACAAGAAUCCCAGCCCCCAUCUUCGCAGAGGCGCACUGGGCAGCCCUACUGGUCACCCUUCCAGCAGUGGGACAGGCGCACCACAAAGUCAGCAGUGCGACCCCCUGGCCUGCAGCAAGAGUCCACAGCCCAAAAGAAUACAUGCACACGAGGGACACAGACACCAGCCCACUUUGUGCCAGCAGCUAUUUCAAGAGUGGCACAAGGGAUGCCUCAGGAGGAUGGGAAGAGACCACAUUGGAAAAGGGAGUCUGGAGGAACAGCCAGAAGCAGCAGCAUGACCAGCAAGAAGACUAUGCCUUGCACCAAGAAGGAUCAGGGCUCUGGGACACAAAGUGAUGGUCAAGGUACUUCCCCUUCCAUCCAGGAAGAGCAGGCACCACCACUGAGCGAGGGAGCUCCCCAGGGGCAAUCAGGACAGGACUGUGUGAGCCCCAUCAUCUCCACUGAGACACAAGAAUUGCAACUGGAGAAGAAUGUUCCCAUGGGAGAAGCACAGCACUCCCAGGAAGGCCAGAGCGGCAUCAGUGGGGAUGUGUGGUCACCUGAGCUGCCAUCCAACAGGACAUCUUCUCCAAGAAGUAGUUCCCCACAGACACAGCGCUGCUCUGAUGAGACACCCUCAGCUCUGCCAGUGCCUCCAGACUCUGCUGGGACCAGUAUGCAGAUCCCCUACCUGGAAGAGCUGCUCACAACACUCGUGGACUGCUUCAUGGCCAGAACAGCUGCUGAAAACCUGCAGAACCAGCUGCUGGCUUUAUGGCUGGAGCAGAAUUCAAGCACGGAGCAUGCAGCAGAGCACCCCGUUGCCUCACCACACAGAAGACCAAAAGAAUCACAGAAGAGCAAGAGGCACACCCAGGAUGGAUCUGGCUCCAGGAGACGCUGCCCCAAGUGCAGCAGAUCCCCGCACCACAACCUGCAUGGCAGCGACAGCUCCCAGCCUUCAGCUCCAUCUGAGGCUGCAACCCCAGGCGCAGGGAGAGACAGGACAUCAGGAGAGCGGCAUCCACCCAAGGAAAGAGCCAAGAGGAAGCAGGGCCAGAAGGUGACUGCUGCUGCCACCCAGCAGCAGGAGGGGAUCCGUUUGUACAAAAAGGUGAUACUGAUCCCUCCAGUUGAGCAGGAGAGGCUUCCAUCCCAGCAAGCCCCUGCCUGGACCCUGCCAUCAGGAACACAGCGGCUCCCCAGACGUGCAGCAGCCAGACACAGGAGCCCUAGGACAGAGACACCACCUCUGCCAGACAACUUCUGCUGUGUGUUCACCCCCAUCUGCUUUUGCCUUCAGUGUGCCUGGGCCAUGCUCCGAGAUGCAAGCAAGGCCCUACUUGCCCGCAUCAAGAAGUGAGGUGAGGAGCCUCACAGGAAGAGAACCAGUGCUGGAAAGCAGAGUCUCACCAUGGGAUUAGGGGAUUGCUUGGGCUUCCUGCAGAAAUGGAAAGCUGCAACCAUCCCUGCCUGGAGUCACCAGGGAACAGGAGCUCUCCCAAUAAAUGUUUCUUUCCAAGCGA